AUUUUGUGUCAGUUUUGAUAAUCCUGCAGUUAAAAUGUAUCUCGAAAAUCUUAUAAUGGAAUUCAAUACACUUAAAACAGAAGAUGACUGCUAUGAGGGCAACAAGAAAAGAAGACUUCUUGAAAUACAACCUGUGAUUAAUAUAAUUGAGGAAAGAAAUGCACUUACUGAAAAUUUAACUUCUUUAAAGGAAUUAACAUCAGAUGUUUCCAAAGACAAAGAAUUUCAGUCUGCUGUGGAUGAAGAAAGGCAGCUAUACAUUCGAAGAAUUAAGGCUUUGGAAAACAUGCUGCUUUCAGCUCUCAUUCCUCCUGAUGAAGAGGACAGCUGCAGCGACAUUGUGUUUGAAGUGUCUGCUGGCGUUGGUGGACAGGAGGCCAUGUUAUUUGCCAGAGAGUUAUUUGACAUGUACUGUAAUUAUAUAACAUACAAAAACUGGGAAAUGCUGGUUGGUCAUCUUGACCUUUCGGAUUUAGGCGGUCUGCGCCAUGCGAGUUUGCUCGUUUCUGGCGAAGAAGUGUACCAGUAUCUGAGAUAUGAGGCAGGGGUACACAGGGUGCAGAGGGUGCCGGCAACUGAGAGGUCCGGACGAGUUCAUACCAGCACGGUGUCUGUUGCUGUCCUACUGCAACCGGAAGAGGUUGACGUUGUUCUACAAGACAAGGACCUUCACGUAGAGACAAAACGCGCAACUGGACCAGGUGGUCAGCAUGUGAACAAAACUGAAAGUGCGGUGAGGAUAACUCAUCUGCCAACAGGAGUAAGCGUGGAGUGCCAGGUGGAUCGGUCACAGAUUAGGAACCGAGAGAUCGCGAUGCGGACGCUGACAGCUCGAAUAUAUCAACGGCAAGUCGAGGCACAGGCUUCGAGGACGCAGGCUGCAAGAAAACAACAGGUAGGGUCCAGUUUGAGGUCGGAGAAGAUUCGGACGUACAAUUUUAACCAGGACCGUAUAACCGAUCACCGGUUGAGCGGCGCUUUCCACAACAUGCCCAGAUUCCUUCUGGGCGGGGAGCAGCUCGACACACUAAUAUGCCAGUUGCAAAUGAUGAGAAAUAGAGACCGACUAUUGCAAGUGCUUUCUAGUGCGCAGUCUCAAAAGCCCUAGUGCAAUCUGCUUAGAAAUCUGAUUAGUUACGUGCGCAUUACAAGAGCAAAUCUCUCAAAUUCAUUUUAACAUGGUUUAAAGUUGACGAAGUGUAUCGUCCGUUAAUGGCCGACAGUGUUUCAGGUGGUUUCAGAAAGAUAAAUUUGUAUUUAUAGAUUGAAUUCUGUUGGAUUCAUUCGUACCAGAACAUUUAUCAUCACCAAGCAGGUUAGCGCAGUGGUAAUGUUCGUGAGGUAUUCUUUUCAAGUAAUGUGGGCCCCGGCUAUCCCGAUUCAGCUUUCUCGUGGUUUUAUGUCAGUUCUUCCAAGCAGACUUUUGGGUAGUGCCUUAAAAGUAUGCCUUUACUGCUCCGUUCGACAUCCUUCCCUGUCCGUGGGGCUGUGACCCCUUUUUUACCCGUAACAUCCACGUUUAAGUACGCAUCAUAUUUGAUUGAAGGAGAAAUGUGCAAAGGAUAUUUGAGCAUUUGGCUCGUGCUGCAGAGGAGCCUAAUUUGUGGUUCUGAGCGUCCUGACGCCGACAUGAUUCCAAAUCUAGAGGUGGCAUGAGACAUGUUGGUAACAAACAAAUGUCUAAAACAAGCCACGAUGAGCAUCCUCUGCCGCCACCAUGAGGGCGCUGAUGGAGGCAGCAAGGACCUCUGAAACGUCGAUAAACUUCUACCAGAGUACACGGUGAUACGUCUUUGUACUCACCGCUUUCAGAACCUUAGAUCUUACGAAGCAAAACAGAGAAGAUUUUGUGAUUUUGUAAAUGUUACAAAAAAAUAAAACUUAGAGCAAUAGAUAGUUAAAGAA